GGAAGAUGACUAAAGUGAUUAAGGUUAGAGAAUGUCUGCAUCGAUUCCUUGCCGGAUUUCUAAGCAAAUUUAUCGGGCCGGUGAGUAUGUUUUUAGCUCUAAUUUAGCUCUAUAUUUUUAUAAGCUAAUCUUCGAAGCCAAAUCCAGUAUUGGUAUCCUUCCCUAACUGAUAGCCAAUACAGACAGUGUCACCCACUUAUAACCUUUGAGACAGUGUACGAAGGCAUCACAAUCAUCUUCAAGUAGCUCUUAAUGUCAUCACGUUUAACAUUGCCGAAUUAAACAAUUACGUUAAUGGUGAUUUUAUAGCAAGCUAUUGAAAAUGAUAAAAGCUGAUCUUCUUUUUCAAGGACAACGUUCUCAAAAGUGAUACAGUACAUGUAUUGACAAGAAAACACCGGCUUAUAGAACAAGAUUUUGUAUUCUCUGUAUCGGAAAAUGCACCCUCUCUUUUUAAUUUGACUAAAAAUCGUGGAAAUUAUUAUGCUUUUGCCAUGUAAGCCACUACCAGCGAUAGGUUGAUUUUGAAGUAAAAUGGGCAACUUGGAUUGAUAGCAAUCGUUAAUUGAUAUCGAAUUGCUUGGCUUAGUAUUUUGUUGUUGGUUGGACAGUAUUAUUAUGAAAAUUUAAAUUUUGAGCGGAAGCUAAUAAGAAAGUGAUUUCCUUAGGUCAGUCGACCUACUCUGAGUUUUCGGUGCAAUGAACAACAAAAGUGUAAAGCAUUCAUCAGGUCCGGAACAGCUGAAAAUUCCGAUCACCAUCAUUUCAGAAACAGUCAAUUUGUUCUCCGUUCCGAAAGUAUUUUUAAAACAAUGAAAUCUUUAUCCAUUUUCCCUUUUUUCAUUUUGCCAUACACAUAUAUUAAUUUGAAGCUUUCAUUGUAAAACUGUAAGCUUAUUAAUGUAAAUCUUCAAUUUUUUUCAUUUUUAAUCUUUUUUUUUGAAACUCAGUUGCCUCAGUUGAUAAAGUCCUAUAUUAGUGCUAAAACCGCUUUAACUGCCACGGCACUGUGAGUAAGCUCUAUAAUAGCUUAUAAUAAGGUAUAUACCUAUGAAUGUGAAAUUGAAUUACACUAAAAUAACGCAUUGUCGACAAAAUUCGGUGGUAAUGAUUUAAGAACGAUUAAUAAAAAGCGUUUUCGUAAACUCCCUGGCCGUCAUCUAUGAAUAUAGUAAGCUCGAACAUUUCAACUUGGUUUGUUUGUGGUUUAUACGCGUAGCUCAAUUAUGUCUUUUUUAUCAAAAAGAGGAAGUUUCAGUAGUUAAGCAGGGCUUGGUCAGGAAACUAUGCCUGGUGUUUACAAAACGCGGCGAUUAUAGCUGAGCCCACACCCUAAUCAGUCUUCUAAUGCAUUAAUUAUGUGACAGUGAAAAGAAAACAAAAAAUAUUGGACACCUGGUUUUGCAACGGGUGGGACUAGCAUAGCUUACUGAUUGGCCUAAAAAAACAAUAAAUAAUAUCAAAAAAUAUAAUCGCACAUAAAAUGAACUCACUGGCUUCCUUAUACCUAAGUAUUCGCGAAGUUCAAGAUCUUAGACGUUUUUUCAGCAUCGUCGAUUCGGUUAACAGGCAACCCUCAACCUGAAAUGAGAGCGACGAGUACAGUUACCCUUUCGACGGGCGCAUUGUGACAAUUGCAAUAACCUGCCAAUGGUACUAAAAUCUUAAGAAAGGUCAGCUUUAGCUUGUGUCACGCUUUCAGAUAGUAGGGAGGUCGCGAAAAUAAAACAUGCACAGCGAAAAUCAGACGGGCGCGAAUCGAGGCCCGUUCUCUUUCCAGCCCCCGCGUGUUUUUCGCAUCACUUUUUACCUAACGACUGCACGACUAUCUUGGACGAAGGUUCAGUGCUGCGUUAGAAUAGGCCACUUCCUAGUUCCAAAAACCCUCACUUUCAAAAUGAGGCCAAGUGCGCAACUUUUCUUGUGAAAAUGAGUUUUACAUGCAUGAGAAUGAGAUAUCAUUUCCAUAUCAAAGGCUGAGGACUUAACGUCGUUUUGAUACAGAGGCCUGGGGAACUCGGAAAUGGCCUAUUUGGGAACACUUCCGUCUGACAGGGGUGCGGAUACUUGUCGUCUCUUCUAAACUGCAGAUUGUUGGGAUUAUAUCAGGUAGGGCGUGUGCCGGACGAGUCUACUAUAAAUUAAGGCAGCCAGGUAUCACUACUAAGGACUGUACUAAAGGAAUUAAGAAAGCAGAAGAGGAAAGGUGGAAAGAAAGAAGGGCCACGCAUUCUGCUGCAGCCUUACUACCUGAAUUAAUAUUACUAUAGCUCUCAUGUGCUGGCUGUCUGUGGUCAUUCAAAGCAUGAGUCUCGUCCAGAUUGCUUUUCUUCCGGGAUUUAUCAGAAUUUCCUCUAUUUUUGCGACUAACAUUCCCAUCUCUUUUGCAUCCCCCCCUCCCCCCGUCGUCCCCGGAUUUUAAAAGAAUACGCCCCGCGUCAAAUUUAGAUUGGGCGGCAAUGUCUGUACAAAAACACAUGUAAGUAAGUGACUCAUAUCUAGAUGUUCACAUCUAAAUGUUAGCUAUGAACAAGUGUUUUUGGUACAUAAAAUGUCAUUUUUGAUCAGCUCUGGGGAUCCGGAAAGAAAGAAAUGUCUUUCCUUUGAAAGCGUAAAUUAUCCAAUUUGCUUUUAAAGGUAGUGGUUUGAACCCCUUGACUUUCCAAUGCAGUAUGAUUUUUUUUAUUGACUUUAACUUUGUUUCGCAGGCGAUAAUAUUUGCCAUCAAUGUGCUGGUGUUUCUACGUUUCUUCUACAAAUACAGAUACUCUUCUGAGUAUCGAUAUUUGUACACCAUGUUAGGGGUAAGUGCUGUUGCAAUUAAUACAAAUUAUUAUUUAUUUAAAAUAUUUCAUAAAUUUCUGACUGGCAUGAAUGUUCAGGCUAAUUCGUCAUAACCAGGUGAUGUUAACCAUGAUUUGGAAGAUGUCUGCCUUUAUCAAUGUCCAGUUUGACAUACAGAUAAGUGGUGUGAUGGGUCAGCUUUUUUUAGUAGUGCAUUAUGAAAAGCUGGAUAAUCCAUGGCGGGCAUGCAGAUUUGAAUUAACAAAUAAAGAAUCCUUGACUGUGCUCUGUUUUUGUUGUAAAGCACACAAGAAGCGGCUAGAGCAGGAACGAAGAGUAGGGACAAACACUCGACUACUUCUCGUGUUUCUCCUUACUUUUUGAGUUUUCUAGCUGCUUCCCAACUAAGAGAUUUGCAACACAACAAAGCACAGUCAAAGGCUUCUUUAUUUGUUUUAUAACUUUUGAUGAUAAAGAAUCCGUUAAUUUCCCAUGCAUCACUUUUUAAUUUUCAAAGCAAACGUUAUUAUCAAAGCGAAGCAUGUUUUAGCACGCUUAAGCCAAUCACAAUCAUUCUGUUUUAAUUUAGAAUUGGCCACUGAAUGAUUAGAUUGGUUGAAUAAUUAAAAAGCUGUCAAAGCUGUUAAAUGUUAUCACAAUGGAAAACGAGCGAAACGUUCUGUGAAGUCGAAUGCAUAAGAAUGUACUUUUGACGUCCAAAAAUCAGGUAAAAUGCUCAAAUAAAUCCGGCCAAAUUGUGGCUCAAAAACACCCUGUUCGUUAUCAACAUGACAAUUUGAAAACAAACAGAUGGCGCGACAGCUUUAGCUUCGUGUUUUAUACUCUCAGAAGGCACGCUUUUCAACCAGUCAGUGUGCGCGUUAUAUCUAAACUUUAUUGUAAUGAAUACUAAAGCAAUUGUUGGAUCCGUCUUUCUUAUGAUUUGAAGAAUAAAGCAAUUCUCGGGUGUUAUCCGCAUUCUCAUAUCAUACCCAGUGUAAUCCACUGACUGCUACUAGUCCGCAACUGAGGCUCAGGCAGUAAAACUCUCAAUUUUUAUUAUUAUUUUUCUUUUUUUAUAGGAUAGCUUGUGUUGGUCGCGAGGUUCAGCCUCGGUUCUAUGCCUUAAUUGUUUCCUUGUGUUGCUUCCCAUGUGUCGCAAUACAUUGGCGCUAAUCAGGGCUAAGGUGAGUUCAAACCCUUUUACAGACGUUCUUACCUCUGAUGCUCACUACUAGACGACUUCGUCACACUAAUCACAGCCGAAAAUCAUCAUCAUCAUCAUUAUCAUUAUCAGCAGUAGCAGCAUUCUCGUUUUAUUUGAUAGAGCAGGUUAUAUACAUGUAUUUAAGACCGAUGUAGCAACUUGAAGCACCUCCACACUACCAAACUACGCGAUAUGAUCAGCACCUAACGUAUGCACACAGCCAUAUAACAUGGGCAGUGGCGGUAAGCGUCCUUGUUUUAGAAACACUUGUGAAGGUAAACCACAAUAACAAACCAGUGAGGGUCAGUGAGGGUUAGCUGCUCAAAAUUCUAAAACUUGGUCCUUGUUUUAAUCUGACGUUUGGUUGUUACUUUGUUGAUCAAAAUUAAAUUUGUCCUAAAUAUGGAUAUACUUGCAGGUUAUUGGCUGUGUAUUCAGACGCGUUUUGGACAGAAAUGUCUGGUUUCACAAGGCAUGCGCAAUUGGUAUCAUCGUGUCGACUGGUACGUUCUUGUCCCCAGAGCCACUCGGCUUAAUUUGUAACGAUCCUCGCUUCAAAAGACCAUAUGACCAGUAACCAGAUGAAACGACAGGCUCUGGGUUCCCUCCAGGAACCUCUUUUCUUCAACCAACAAAAAACUCAAGCAAUUGUCCAAGCUAAAUAUAUUUUUCUCUGUUAUCAGGUACUCACAUUGUAGCUCAUGUUAUAAAUGCCAAGAGAUUUUCCGUCAAUUACAGUUUAAAGUUCAGGGAUUUAAACUUUGCCUCCUAUCACAACCAGGUGAGUUAGGCUGUAUUAAAGCGGAUAUCACAGAGAAGUAAACAAAUGAUCGACAAAUAGACCUACCACUGAAUAACAACGCAGUGAGUGCUUAUGAAAAAAAUCACUAGCGAUCACUAUUAACUAACUUGACUCUAUCACCCAUCAGCUGACCCAUAAACAGCUUGUUCAUUAAUUAGUUAAUCAACUUCCUGGUUGUUGGUAUAUUCAGUUAUUUAUUUAUUUAUUUAUUUAUUUAUUUAUUUUCAGGAGCCUUUAGAGCUAGUUUUUACCUCA